AGGAGGUGCACUCUGUUGGGAAAUCUAGUCGGUGUGAUGGACAGGGUUAUCUCCGUAAAUCUCCUACUUGGUGUCCUGGUCAUAUUACCGCUGUUCGGAGUGGUCAGUGUACAAGCAAGAAGCCUCCUGACCCCUGGUCUAGGAAACCAGAUUUUACCCCAUGAAAACAAGGCAGAUAUCCAGCAAAAAAUUCUAGCAUUAUUGCUGCAGAAAACCUUGGAGCCAAUUGACAAAAAUGCUUUGGAAUUUGAACUGUUGGGCAUAGAAGAGGAUCUAGAGAAGCUGCAGAGGCAGAUUAUCUCAAGGGCUGAUGGAAAAGAACAUAGCAAAAGAGAAGAAGCCUGUUUCUGGAAGUACUGUGUUUGAUCACCAAGCCAGAGGACCAAUGGACAGCAUGACAGGAAACUUACUUCCUCAGGAGAAAUGGCUUCAACAGAACUAGGUGGAACUACAAACAGCCUGCUUGGGAGAUCAUGAACACAUACAUAGAUUCAUCUUGGUAGAUAUCCCUUCACAAAAGCAGUGCAAUCAUGACUCAUGGCUUUACAAGUUGAAACACAUUUUACAUCUCAUCCAUCACCCAAUUUACAUGGAUCCAAGGAAAUGCCUAAAGAAAGUUAAUAAAUAUAUUACAUUGAUUCAACCCUCAAAACUAAUGAGCGUUAACACCUAGUGUAACAACACUUAUAACACUUAGUUGUCCUAAGUUGUUAUUCAUGUAGGUGUACGUAUACCAUUCAUUUGUUAAUAGAAUAAUAAAAUAACAUGAUGAAUAUUCAAA